UUCUUCUCUCCUCACUGCGAGAACUCGCCCCUACUUGGACGACCCGACCGAGCCCCAGUUUGCUUUCUCCCAUUGUGACAUGGGCUAUUCCGAUUGAAAACGAAAAGCGUUACACUUUUUCUGGCCGUGACCCAACUUGACUCAGCGAUGACACCUUGACUUUGGGAUUUUAGCACCGAACUCAAACGUGUUUUGUAAGUAGCCAAAAAUGGGUUCUGAUGUACGUGACCUCAACACUCUUCUCCCUCCCGUGCCCCCGCUGCCCGGGGGGAACGGUAACUGUGCCCUGCCCGUGAGCAGCACCCCACAGUGGGCACCGAUGCUGGACUUUCACACCGGCGCUCCCUACAGCUCGCUGGGCCAGCACUCCUUCAUCAAGCAGGAGCCCAACUGGGGUACGGCCGACCCCCAUGAAGACCCCCACUGCGGGCUGAGCGCCUUCACCGUGCACUUCUCCGGACAGUUCACUGGCACUGGGGCCUGCAGGUACGGAGCCUUCGGGGCCCCUACACCCAGCCAGCCUCCACCCAGUCAGCCCAGGAUGUUCAGCAAUGGCCCUUACCUCUCCAACUGCAUGGACAGCCAGCCCAGCUCCAGGAAUCAGGGUGACCAGCAGUAUCCUGUUCCUCCUCCGGUAUACGGCUGCCACACUCCCUCUGACAGCUGUACAGGAAGUCAGGCUCUGCUCCUGAGGAACCCAUACAACAGCAGCGAUAAUUUAUAUCAAAUGGCAGCGUCACAGUUGGAAUGCAUGGCGUGGAAUCCCGUCAACCCUCUGGCAUCCACUAUAAAGAGCCAUGCAGGAGGCUAUGAGAGUGACCCCAGCACACCCAUGGUCUACAGCUGCAGCAGGCAGUACCGCAUCCACACCCAUGGUGUCUUCAGAGGCCUUCAGGAUGUGCGGAGAGUACCGGGCAUUACACCCGCCAUUGUGCGUUCAUCCGAAACCAACGAAAAAAGGCCAUUUAUGUGCGCCUACCCGGGCUGCAACAAAAGAUACUUUAAACUAUCUCACUUACAGAUGCACAGCCGUAAACAUACAGGGGAGAAACCCUAUCAGUGUGACUUCACAGACUGUGGUCGCAGGUUCUCCAGAUCAGACCAGCUAAAAAGACACCAGAGAAGACACACAGGCGUUAAGCCAUUCCAGUGCGAAACCUGUCAGAGAAAGUUCUCACGGUCAGACCACCUUAAGACCCACACCCGGACACAUACAGGUGAGAAGCCCUUUAACUGCAGAUGGCCAAACUGUCAGAAGAAGUUCGCCAGGUCUGAUGAGCUUGUCCGGCACCACAACAUGCACCAGAGGAAUCUGACCAAGCUACAGCUGGCCAUCUGAGUCACGUCCCAUUGGCAGUGGGUGCUGGUGCGGCCCCAUCCUAAAGCAUUAACGGCAGCUUUUUUAAGGAAAAGCAAUAGUCUGUUUUCCUUUAUAAUAGUUCAAGUUAUGGUUUGGAUAUGGGAAACUGACAAGACAAGACAACACUCUCCUUAUCUGCAUGUGCAGCGCCCCCUAGAGGCAGCUCACAACAGGCCCUAAUACACCAUUACAGUGGCUUCAACAUAAAAGCAUGUUUCCGGUGAGGAAACCUUAUUUCUUUAAUGAGAUUUGGAAUGUGAAAUAUUAUGUACCUAACAGUUAAUGAAGUAGUUUUUAGAGUAAUUUAUUUUGUUUGUUGUAAAUUAAAAAGUAACCGUUUUUUUUCUUUCCUUGUAAAAUCAUCCAAACUACAUCCGUCCUUGGCAUGUUGAAUCUGGAAUUGUGAAACUCUCUCCCCUGAAGUGCUCAUCCAUGCUGUUUGUAAAAAUCCACUCUCUUUGACCAGUUAAUUUAUGAGUAGGUCACACUGGUUAUGUGGCUGGGCGGUUGUGGUCAAGUUGUAUAUAUUAGUUUCAAUCCUCAGCCAACACCAAAAAAUUAAAAUCUAACAGGCAAAAUUCUGUUCAUGGGAAAUGUGACUCUUAUAACUAAGUAACGGAAAGAAAUGUGAAACGUAUUUGGAUGGACAUGGUUUGUUUUUGUUUUUUAAAAUGAGCUUUAUUUGUAUGUUUGAAAUAUAUAUCUGUUAUUGACAGUCAUUGUUUUAAAUAAAAUUAAACUCUCGGCAUUAACUUGAUGAAAUGUGAAGCUCCAAUUCUGCUCCG